AUGGGUGGCGGCGGCAAGAAGCCCUUGUUUGUCAAGAAAGUUUUGGAGCAUGCCGGGAAAAUACUAGGAAUCAAUAUGGGGCUUUUUUCCUCUUCCCUGCAUGAAAAACUUUUCUUGACAACGACGCGGGGACCUCAAUUUUCUUGUCAAAUAUCAAAGACCAAGGGGUGUGUUUUCAUUCCCGAUUAUCUCCGAGUAGCCGCACAUCACUCAUACCCAUACCGGUCACGGUGCUCUACUAGGUACAUACACGAGUGCCGAACUGCUCAGAGUUGGUCAGGAGGUCAAUUCUAG